AUGGGUUUACCACAGUGUAACACCACACUGGAGGACGCCAGACUCGACGAAACUCCAUUGUUCAACACCCACAACUUCACCUUCCAUCAACUCAUCCUCGUUAUCUCAGCAGCAUGCGGCUUAAUAGCCAUUAUCGUCUCUCUUUUCCUCAUGUUCAUGCAUGCGACGCAUUAUAGCCGACCAACGGAGCAGCGACACAUCAUCCGUAUCCUAUUCAUGGUGCCGGUAUACGCCCUAGUCUCUUUCCUCUCGAUCUGGUUUUACUACCACUCUGUUUACUACGAGGUCCUACGAGAUUGUUACGAAGCCUUCGCAAUUGCCUCCUUCUUCAGCUUGAUGUGCGCGUACUUGGCAGAUGAUCUGCACCAUCAAAAAGAGUACUUUAGGAAGAUCAAACCGAAGCCAUGGAUCUGGCCAAUGAAGUGGUUUCAGAAAUGCUGUGGAGGAGACAGAGGCUGUCUGAGAACACCUAGGAGUGGCCUUACGUGGUUCAAUGUGAUUUGGGUGGCAGUAUUUCAAUAUUGCUUCAUUCGGGUCAGCAUGACUAUUACAGCAGUGGUCACCCAGUACUUUGACCGAUACUGUCUUGAGUCGCUUAAUCCAGCCUUUGCGCAUGUCUGGGUGAUGGUGAUCGAAGCCGUGGCCGUUACGAUCACUAUGUAUUGUAUCAUCCAAUUCUACGUUCAGAUACGGGAGGAUGUUGCUCAGCAUAAGCCCAUAUUGAAGGUUUUGGCCAUCAAGCUCGUCAUCUUUUUGAGUUUCUGGCAGACCAUUAUUAUCUCCUUCCUUACCAGUUCAGGCGCGAUCGAGGCUAGCAACAAGAUUGAAACUCCUGACAUCAAGGUAGGAAUUCCUUCUCUGUUGCUCUGUAUCGAGAUGGCCCUCUUUGCUAUCUUCCACCUUUGGUCUUUCUCAUACAGACCAUACGUGAUUGGUUCGAAGCAAUAUCAAGCCGUCUACGGCCACCUGGACUCAACUGCGCAAGCUCGUUAUCGAGGAGGGCCACUUGGGAUGAAAGCAAUCCUGGAGUGCUUCAAUCCAUGGGACUUGAUCAAGGCGACCGGUCGCUCCGCGAAAUGGCUGUUUGUCGGUCGAGCUCGCCGAAUGGAGGAUGCUAGUUACACCUCAGUCAACGCACAAGGUACCGAUGUACAAAAGAUGAAUGACCUUGACAAUGGCACCACAGCAUAUGGUGGAGCAGGCGCCACGAUGCUCACAAAAAAACCAGUUCGUGCAGAAGAAGGAUCAGGGCUGUUGGCCCGGGCCCAGCAGCCUGCCGGACUUGCACCACGUGCUACUCACGAAAGCGAUGGUUCUGGAAGUAGUCCAUGGACUGACGUAGAAGCAAAGGAGUAUUUCCAGGACCAAGAAAUGCAGAAGAAAACUGGAUCGCAACGUGCUGAUUUCCAGACUGCCAACACAAACCCAUAUGACACAAGGUAUACAGGAAAAGACGCCUAUGGUCCAAGGAGCUCAUCGCUGCAGCCCCCCAGGCUUCAAGAGACCGGGAUCUCGAGGCCAGCGGGUACUGCACCAGGUGGAGGACAGCCCCUUCAGCAGCAUCUGCCAAUGGUAACGAGACGUGAUAUUGAAGACAUGCAGCACAAUCGGCAAGGACAGGCGCCUUAUCCGAGAAGUGUAGCAAGCAUCGGUGUCGCGGAUCAUCACCAUCAAUAA